ACAACUGUAAAUUGACGUGUAAUUACUCUGGUGAAUAAAACAAACAAAUCUAUACUUCUGACUUAUCUUUUGUUUUUCACUCAAAUUAUAACAGCUGAUAACUUAGUGUAUAUAAGGUCCACUGGAUAGCUUUGACGAAAAGUUUUAAAUUAGUUUCUUGUUAUGUUAUUUGUGUUUUAUAUCUAAUUAAUUAAUGAAGACUAAGAAAUGUUAUCAAAACUAAAAAGUAUACCCAAACUAGCAAAACAGGUGCAUCUUCGGGUGAAAGAAUAUUCACAAAUUACAACUCACUAUACAGUACAUCCAAGGGAAAAAGAUCCAAGAUGGAAGGAUGUCAACAUGGAGAGGUUCACAGACGAGACAGAUAUACUUAUAGUAGGGGGUGGACCAGCAGGUAUGAGUGCUGCUAUUCGAGCAAAGCAGCUUGCAGAAAAAGAUGGCAAAGAACUCCGUGUAUGUUUGGUAGAGAAAGCUUCUGAAGUAGGUGGGCAUAUAUUAUCUGGAGCUGUGAUACAACCAUCAGGAUUAAACGAAUUAAUACCAGAUUGGAAAGAAAAAGGAGCUCCACUUAAUACUCCAGUAACCGAAGAUAAAUUUGGAUUUUUAACUGAAACUAGCAGAUUCAAUAUUCCCAUUUUCAAAGGAUUACCAAUGGACAAUCAUGGCAAUUACAUAGUUCGUUUGGGCCACGUUGUAAGAUGGUUGGGAGAACAAGCAGAAGCAUUAGGGGUUGAAAUAUAUCCUGGAUAUGCAGCUUCUGAAAUUUUGUAUCAUCCAGAUGGUAGUGUCAAAGGAAUUGCUACAAAUGAUGUUGGUAUUGCAAAAGACGGAAGUCCAAAGGAAAGUUUCGAACGAGGUAUGGAACUACAUGCUAAAUGUACGAUUUUUGCUGAAGGUUGCCAUGGACAUCUAUCAAAACAAAUUAUCAAGAAAUUUAAUCUUAGGAGCAAUUCCGAAGCUCAAACUUAUGGAAUAGGACUAAAAGAAUUGUGGGAAAUUGACCCUUCUAAACACAAACCUGGGAGAGUAGAACACACGUUUGGCUGGCCAUUAGAUAUUCAUACUUACGGUGGUUCAUUUCUCUAUCAUCUCAAUGAAUCUACACCAAUGAUAGCCGUCGGCUUUGUAGUUGGACUUGAUUAUAGUAAUCCAUACCUAAGUCCUUUUAAAGAAUUCCAGAGGUUUAAGCAUCAUCCGUCUGUAAAAGGAUACUUUGAGGGAGGUAACAGAAUAGCUUACGGUGCUAGGGCACUUGUCGAAGGUGGACUCCAAAGUCUACCUAAACUGACUUUUCCUGGAGGAUGUUUGAUUGGAGAUUCUGCAGGAUUUAUCAACGUACCGAAAGUAAAAGGCACUCACAAUGCAAUGAAAAGUGGAAUGUUGGCAGCAGAGAGUGUUUAUGAAGCAAUAAAUAGUGAAAAACAACAAACUGAAGGAUUUGAACCAAAAACAUAUGGAGAUAAUUUGAAGAAUAGUUGGAUUUGGAAGGAAUUGAGACAGGUUAGAAAUAUUAGACCUAGUUUCCACAAUAGGUUCGGAUUAUAUGGAGGAUUGAUACAUAGUGGAAUUUCUAUUGUUCUUGGUGGUAGGGAACCAUGGACAUUAAAACACGGAGAUCCUGAUCAUAAAAGACUAAAACCUGCCAAAGAGUGCAAACCAAUCGAUUACCCAAAACCAGAUGGUAAAAUCAGUUUUGAUCUUCUCACCUCUGUUGCACUUACUGGUACUAAUCACGAAGGUGAUCAACCUGCACAUCUAACACUUUUGGAUGAUGAUGUUCCUGUGAAAGUUAAUCUUGCUAAUUAUGACGGUCCAGAAGGAAGAUUUUGUCCUGCAGGAGUUUACGAAUACGUUCCUUUGGAGUCGGGUGAAGGUAUGAAAUUGCAAAUAAACGCUCAAAAUUGCAUACAUUGCAAAACUUGCGACAUCAAGGAUCCAACACAAAAUAUCAACUGGGUCGUACCAGAAGGUGGCGGUGGACCGGCAUACAAUGGAAUGUAAAAUAUAAGAACGAGUUAGAAUAAACUAAAAGUAAAUCAUAUUCAUAUAUCAGCAUAAUUUUAUUUGAAUAUUUUGGAAAGGUAUAUUUUGAAUAAUGCUGCUAUAGAGAAUAUGAUGGUGUAUAGUGUAGUUAUACAUAACAAAAUAACUGUCAAGACUUUUCAAAAUCUUUUAUUCCUAAAACUGGUACUUCCUUAGCUUCCAUUUCAAUCUAUUAUUGGGAAAUAAAGUGCACCAAUAUAAUAUUAGGUAAUAAAAAAUGUCACAAAUGUAGUAUCAAAAUUGGUUCAUUCCAAGUGCAGUAAAGAUGACACAGUCAGUUCUGAAAUUACUACUAGUAAGGUGAAAAAAGAAAUAGGAAUAAAUAGAGAGCAUAAGUCUAGAAAAUCGAGGAAACUGUAUAAAGGAUGUAAGGAUAGCAAACUAGCGCUAUGCAUCCACGAACAAAAGGAAUUGGAAUUCUAGGUCAAAGACAUUUCCCUCUAUAUUUUCUCGCACGCCCUUGAUUUCUUUAUGUAUUUCCGUCCCCACUUUCCUCGUAUCUUCUGUUUUUGUUGUAUUUGUAGUUUCAAGACCAAAAAGUGUUGUGUUCGCAUCUGCUCCUCGAUACGAUUGGACGUCUUGACAAAAAAUUGACAAAAAGAAGCCACAUUUUGCAGAAACCAUAAAGCUGCUCUUCUACAAUAUCAAAUCAAUAAUGAAUUGAAUAAUUGUUUUUAAUUAUAAACAUGUAAUUUUAAUAGAAUGGAGCACAUGUUCAUUAUCACAGGUUAGUUGGACAUUAUUUUAGUUCAGUGACGGAUUAGUUUAAGAAUAUUUGUAAUUUAGUAUUGAGUUAUCUUUAGUUCCUUAUCACAUUUUAAAAGAAUAAAAAUCAAACAUGCAUUUUGCUAAAGCCUUUUUUCACAAAUAAUUAUCAUUUUCAUGGAUCACGGAAAGGCUUGGAUUCAAUAAAAGGCAUUUGGACAUCUUUUCUGGCAAGUUUAUUGAAAUUUUCAUUGCUUUUGUUUAAUAUUCCAACAGAAACCCAGACUAAAAAGACUCUUGCUAUUUUUUAGAAUUUUGUAUCAAUGACAUAGGAGCUCAUAUGCUGUUAUAAUACUUUAUGGGGUACUUUUCAACUAUCAUGGUGCAGUGAUAGUUUUUAAAAUGAACAGUCUGUUCCAAAAUAUUUUGUAUCUCAACUUCAAUGAACAUUGGGUUCUUAUUUAUGGAAUAAACAUUAAUAGAUAUAUCUGUAAAAAAUACAAACUCGCUAUAAUUUUUAUAAAAUUUGUAUUUUAUUAUUAUUCUAUAAUUUUAUAUAUACAUUUUCAUUUGUUUUUAUAAUAUUGAAUUAUAAAAUGAAAUUUUACAUGGUGUAUGUUUAUUCAAUUGUAAAUCUGAGAGAAAGAUGGAAUAAAUUUAUUUUUGAAGUACGAGCUUAUCACUGUUUGCAAUUUACAACUUUCAGACAUUAUUGUCAGUUUGCAGGUGGUAAUAAGUCAAGACUAAAUAUCUUGGAACGAUAAUUAACAAUAUUGCAUGUGAUAAUGUGUUAUCACACACAGCUAAAAAUAUUUCUUUAGAUUAUUUUGGAAAGUCUUGUUAUAGAAUCGCCUGAUUGAUGAUAGGCAAUUUCACUAAUAACUUUAAAUUUUAAAUAGAGGAAUGUGAAAUAUUUCAAUAAGAUCUUUUUUGAUAAUUAUUUUUACACAAUUUAAUUGUAUGUAAAUAUUACGGCAAGUGUUUCAUUUGAAAUAUACAACUGAUGUUAUUUUUUACAUUUCUCAUUUAAUGUACAUAUCUAGUAAUUGUUAUUGUUUAAACUAUUUAUAAAGAAAGAGAUAGUAAGACCUUGCUUAACAUUGUUUAGUUUAGCGAUCUUUUAUUUUAUCCUGGGGAUUAUCUGAAAUUGUGUGCAACUAGGUAAUUGUGUUUCUUUUUCGGUGCUGAACGGGCGCAUUUUCAUCAUAUGAAACAUUUAUUGACAUUAUUGUAAGUAUAAACAUCAUGGGUGAUAUUGAAAAACAAGAAAAGAAGCAACUAGAAUAAGCAUCAAUCUCAAAACUAGAAGAAUUUUUAAUUACAUUCAUGAAGAGGUAGUCGAAGAUGGUUUAAUAGAUUUAAAAAUCAAAAUAAUCUUCACAACAUAAAUAUUACAAGGGAAGCAGCAAGUGGUAAUACGAAAGUGGCGGCUGAAUUCCCAGCAACAGUGAAAACAAUCAUUGAACAAGGAAACUAUCCUCCAUCCGAACAUUUCUAUCCCUUAGAUAUCCCAAAAGAAAUGAAAACCAAGAUUUAAAGCUGCGAAAAAUCGCUUCUACUGGAUGAUAACCCAAACGGAGACUUCAAAGUAAAACCACUAUUAGCUUACCAAUCCCAAACCCAAAAGCGAUGAAAGACAUAUCUUCCUAAAUCAACUUAACAUGUAAUUUGGGAGUCUAAUAAAAAAUGAUCGAUAAAUAAGAAAAUGUUCCCUUAUUGAUUCACUGAACAUUUCUGCCCGUCUGCUGAACAUUAUUGAAAAACUUGAACAAAGAACACUACUAUUAAUUGAUAUUGCACCAAGCCACUCAACAAAUUUAUCAGACUUAACAACAUGCAUUCCGGUCGAAGUAAUUUUCUUGUUGCUAAACCCAACUGCCUUUAUUCAACCAAUGGACCAAUGAAUGCUGUAGAAACCAUAAACCUUUCUUGGAGAACAUUUGGCCAGAUUUAGUAAGAGCGAAGACAUUGGACACUCUGUCGAUAUAGAUGAAAUAGUGAAAUUAGCAAAACAAAUCGGUUAGAUGAGAUAAUAUGGAAAACGUCGAAGAAGUAGUUCAAGUUCAAUUAGUAUUUCUAAUGAUGAGGUCAAGGAAUUAACUGAACAAGAAGAAAACGAAAAUAUUGAUACCAGUGGUUGCGAAGAAGAAUAAAAAGUACUUCCAAUGGCGUUUAUAAAAAGGAGUUUGACCACUAUAACUGAAAUUAUUGGCCAAUUUGUUCAAAAUUUCAACAAUUCAAAUGCAAGAUGGGGUAUUAUAGAUGCUUUAUCCACUUAUCAACAAAUUCUAACAGAACGCAAACUACAUUAGAUAUCUUGUUAAGAUAGCCUCGUUCAGCGCUGUUUCGUAUUAUGUUCUUAAUUUACUUUAAUGGAACGUAAUCUACGCGUUAAGCGGGACCUUACAUUUUUGUACUAUACUACAUUGUUAUUGAUGGGAAAUAUAUAUUUACAUACAAUACAA